AUGGAUUUACAAACCUUAUUACACAACCUACAUGAAGAAGUAUCCUGUUCUGUGUGUAUGAGCCCGUUCACUGAUCCAAAAAUAUUGCCCUGCUUUCAUACAUUUUGCGUUCAUUGUUUAAACGAGCUUCAAAGAACGAGUGGCAAACAUGGCGAGAUCACAUGCCCGGAAUGUCGCAGAAAGUUUCAGGUUCCCGGGAGCGGUUAUCCCAAAGAUUUGCCGGCCAAUUUUCGAAUGAACAGUUUGUUGGAUGUAAUGGUUAUUCAAAAAUGUAACGUCGCUGGAGUGAAGUGUGGAAACUGCGACAAAACAAGCGCCCAAAGUUUCUAUUGCUUUAAGUGCUGCGCAUUCUGGUGCGACGAUUGCAUUACAGCUCAUAACAUUAUCCGAGCCAAUAAAGACCACAAAGUGCUGGCGAUUAAGGAUUUUCAAGAUCAAGACAUUGAAAAUGUGUUAAGGAGGCCAGUAUUUUGCCAAAAGGAACAUCAUGAAAACAAAAAGCUAAAGUUCUUUUGCAAGGACUGUGAAGUCGCCAUUUGUAACACUUGUGUUGUAACACUUCACGAAGGUCACGUCAAAGUACCUUUGCAAGAUGCUGCCAAUGAACGAAAAUUACGUUUGGAGUCCGUGUUAGAGUCUCAGAAGGAGAAGGCGCUUCGGAAAAGAAAUAUGAUAACUAGACUGCAAAGUGAGUGCGAUGAAAUUAAAGAACAGGUCGCUUGCGUGAAAAAAGGCGCACAGAAUUUGGUUGACAAUUUGAUGAGAGUCAUUGAAGCGAAGAAACGGGAAAUUUUUAAAGAGGUGGAAGUCAAAGCUCAACAGUCCAUCGAGCGUCUUGUAGAGCAACAGUCGGAAGUAGAAAACGAAUUACAGCGGAUCGAGACUUCAAUUGAAAAAACUGAAACUUUCCUAAAGCAAAGCACCAAUGCUGAGAUUGUGCACUUUAACACAUUAUUUCAAGUGGAAGUCACUAGCGAGGCAGAACUAGUGGACUGUGACCGUAAGGAUCUUCGCCACUUUGUGUUCUUUCCAAACAAAUCAUUGAUGGCUAAAGCAAACAGUGAAGGUGUUGGUUCUUUGAAACAAAUCAUCAGCCAGACUAAAUCCUGCAACUCAAAAGCGGAAGGAAAAGGAAUCACUGAGGUGACUGUUGGACUUAAAUCACAGUUUACUUUAACAACACGAAAUGCUAAGAAUAAACAAUGCUACGAACAGUGUGAUGUCGUUACAGUGGAAAUCAGAAAUGAUAACGGCCGUGAAUGCGCCACUGAAGCACAAGUUCAAGAUAACAAAGAUGGCAGUUACAAUAUCAGCUACUUUGCCAAAGAAGCAGGAACAUGCCAGGCAUCAGUGAUGGUAAAUGGAGAACAUGUUAGUGGCAGCCCAUUUACUGUUCAAGUUAAACCCAGGCAGUACAAACCUCUGUUGUCAUUUGGAGGAGAAGGCUCAUCUGCUGGAAUGUUUGAUGGACCUUGGGGUGUGGCGGUGAAUGAACGUAAUGAAAUUGCUGUAACUGAUCGUUAUAAUAAGCGAGUUCAGAUAUUUAGUAGUGAUGGAACUUACUUAAGGUCUUUUGGCAGUAUGGGUGAUCAAGAGGGAGAGUUUAAUGAGCCUACAGGUAUAGCUUAUUUAAAUAAUGGAAACAUUGUAGUGGCUGACACUUUUAACAACCGACUGCAAAUAUUCACUGAGCAGGGGGAGUACCUUACUCAAAUUGGCGGUGAAGGAAAUGUUGAUCAUCAGUUUAAUUAUCCAUUGGGCGUAUCUGUAGACAGUGAUGGUAAUAUUAUUGUUGCUGAUUCAAAUAACAAACUAAUAAAGAUCUUCACUCCAAGCGGCCAGUUUCUUAGAAAGUUUGGUGGAGAAGAUUUAUUAGUUGAUCCCAUUCACUGUAUUCAAAAGGAUCAAUAUUUCAUUGUAUCAGACAACGGUGAUCACAGCAUCCAAGUGUUUAAUACAGAGGGUGAUUUUCUGUAUAAAUUCGAGAAUGAAGGGGAAGGGGAUGGGGAAUUCAAUAAGCCCAAGUUCUUGUCUGUUGACAAAGCAGGACACCUGAUGGUCUGUGAUUUUGAGAAUUACAGAGUUCAGGUGUUGGAAUUAAAUGGAAAGUUCAUAACAAAGUUUAAACUAAUGCGUAGGGGAUCACCAACCUCUACCACAGUUCUCUCUGAUGGUACUAUAGUAGUGUCUGAUUAUUGGGAAGAUUGCAUUCAGAUAAUUAAAUAAAUUCAUUUGAUGCAAAUUAAUAAAAUAGCAUAGGAUAGGUUGGUUAUUGAACUCCCUGCAAUUGAAAAAAGAUAUUUGGUAAAUUUUGUUAUUGUCUCGUUUUUGUGCAUGGCGUUUUCUUUGUAACAACCUUCUGCAAUGCGUGCCGGUAAUUGUGGUCGUGUCCUUUCCAGAGGUGCUCAAGGUUUUUAGGCUGUGAAUCGAGCUGCUGUAGUUUUAAUCUCUUUUGAGCAAGUUUGUAAAUAUCGAUGUUACCUUUUAGUUUGGUACAUACUUUAUUUCACCCUAUUUUUUAUCGGUGAUAAAACCCUCCAUACGAUAAUUAUUUACAAACUUGAGAUGUUCUUCGUGAGAUUAUUUGCUGGUUUUUGAGAGAUGGAAUGCGAGAAGUCUCUUAUUUUUCUUCAAAGAUGGUCUAGUAUCGUGCGUACCAGGCAAGCAAUGAUCGUCAAGGCCACUAGAGAUGAAAAACGAGAGCUUCAUAACAAGCUGACGUAACGGGAAAAUGGGCAUUUGAUGGAUGCCACCCUAUGACUUCGAAAAAACUGAAACUGCUCGCGUAUAUCUGCUAAAGAGCAUAAUCCGUCUACAACAACAGUUCAUUGUACUUCGUGAGAAACAGGUUCUGUGUCUGUGUAACAACCUUUCCUUGAUUUCCGAAUUUGUUUAUUCAAAAUAUAUGUUUUAGUUAAUUUUUCAUCUCAGGUAAUUUAUGUUUCUCUUUUGUUUUUGGGUAUGCUAAAGCAUGCUAAUGAAGUUGAAACAAAAGAAAAAUAAAAAUUACCUGAGAUACUACUACUACUGAUGAUAGCCUUGCUAACCCUCCGUUUAGGGAUAAGGCGAGUAAACAAAUGAGGGAGGGAAGCCAAGGGAAAACGGAAGACUUGGCCUUACGAACAUCCUUUCAACUAAGGAGAUUUUUAAAACACAACAGUCGAGCGUGGAUGCACAUCCAUAGGACCUCGGGUUUAUUGAGUCUAUCUUAUGGCUGAUUAAACGAUAAAAAACAAGUCAAGUAUUUCAAGAAGGAUGAAAUGCAUUUUUCAAGUCUAUCAGCUGUAGCUCAUCUUAUCUUAGUUUGCGAUUAGGCUCGUGUAUUGGCAGUUUGUGCUGCAAAUCUCUUGUUGCCUCUUAUGCGAGGAAUAGUAUAGCUACAUUGUUGGAGUUACGCCAGGUUCGGGGGGGGGGAGAGCGGUUAGAUACUGCUCGCCCAAAACUUUGCUUCUACGCGGCAGACUCAAAAGGCUAUUAUCAUACUGUUAUUAUUUUUUCAUAAGGAAAUAUUUUCAACCCUCUCUGACAAAUGGGCGCUAAACGUUCUACCACCGCUUCUUAGUUCCUGGGAAACGCUAUUCCUGAGCUUGUCUCCAGUCCCUCCAAGAAAGUAGCUGUAGCAGCAACAGUGCUUGAUUCAUUACUGUUCACUAGAGAGAAAUUCUAGCUCUGCCCCUGGGAACACUUUAGACGCCGUAAAAAGGCUGCCAUCUUUUUGGCGUUAAAAUGCAGAAUUUGAUUUGAGGUUGACGUUAGUCGUUAACCUUUUAUGUCUAACGUUAGCUUUUAUGCAGCUCAGGCCCUUUAAAGCCAAAAGAAAAGAAAUGUUAAAAACCUUCUUAUGAAGAUAUUCGCCACCUUUUUACGCAUGUAGGGAAUGAUGGGUGAAAGCAACCUCACGUGGUCUCUUGGAAAGAAAACAGCUGAUUUAACUCGCGUGUCCCGGUGUCGAACCUGUUUAUUCUGUCCACAUAGAAAUACAACUUUUCCAAGUCAAACAGAAUGUAUAGACUGAAUAUCUUCAAGAUUUCCGGCAUUAUUGCUUAGCGUUGUCUCCGUCGACAUUGUUUUAGAUACCACAAGACAAUCUACACCUUAAAAUCGAGCUUACGAAAUAAUCAAGCUCGACCUCAAUUGCUUCCUCAGGGAUGAUUUCACAGCUAUUUGAAAAGGAUUAUUUCAAAUAAUCAUUGUCUUCACCCUCAACAAAUUAACCAAAAUAAUCAUCCACUUUUUCGGCAUUCAUCAAAAUAUUCACUUAACUUCUCACCGCACCUGUUUGAUACUGUCAAUUUUCAAUCUUGCGCCCGUUAUCCUUAAAUAGUCAGCAAUUCGGUCUUGCAUUUCCCACGCGUGCGCUGUUGUCUUGUCGUCAUCCGGGAGAUCUAGGAUUUUCUUGAGCUAAGUUUGCUUUUCUGUCAGUCAGUGUUGUACCGUGCGGUAUGCCACCUACCGGAAUGCACACAAACACUUUUAACAUCAUUAGUUGGAGUAAAACGCGUUGUUUCUAAAGAAACCCCACAGAGUAAACUUUAAAUUGUAAUUGUAAAUAUCUUAUUAUCCACUCCCUCCAGGGCUUUUCAGGGAUAAUUUACAACACUGGUUGGGGGACUUUGCCAGACCGCUUAAGGUGCAGUUCACAAGUAAUAAAGGAAUGAGUAAUGAUGCCCCCAUACAUGAGUGUGAAAGUGAGAUAGACCACCACACCGGGCACUGAGUACCCCACUCGUUACGAAGGGUGUGCGGGUUCUUUAACGUCCCACAGAUUUAUUACAUGUGCAAGGGUUUGUGAGACGGGGCCUAUGGUUUAUCGUCCUUAUCCGAGACGACUAGAAAGUCUAACCUUUUGCAGAUGUUAUCACAAAGGCAGCACUUUCUCCUCAAUUAUUUAAAGACCCUGAGUGUUGGUCCGGCCGGGGUUUGAACCUACGGCCUCCUGCUCAGCAGCCCGACGCUAAUCCCAUUGAGCUAACCAGGCGGCGGUUUAAUGGGAUACAUGCGCUUAACCAUUGAGAUUGAGGAAUAGUUCUGUGCAUGGGUAGGGACUCUGAGCAAAUCGCUACGGCGACCUCUACUACGGUUGCCGGAAGUAAAAAAGGUCCCAAAAAAGACGUAGGCGAAUGCAUAGCACUGAGAUUUCACCGUAGCGCCAAAUCCUACAUCGUGAACACCUGUAUGGUGACGCAGUCGCUGCUACGUGAUUAUAAAAGUCGACUUUUCUCCUUUUUUUAAAAUCACUGGUUUCAAAACCUAUCAUAGAUUGUUUUUCACUUUAUCAAGAAAGUAAUUGACGCUUCUGGUUAUCCAGGAAUUAUGUCUUCCUUAUUAAGUUCGCAAAUAAAAUAGAGGCAAUGUAUGAAAGGUCGCUCGUAAGCGUAAAAGUUCAACCUCGCUUAACUUCUCGUUUAUGCUCAGCACUCUUUAUCUUGCCUCUAUUUUAUUUACGUAAUUAAAAUUAACGUGCGUUAACGUGCGUAGCCAAAAACGCGUCACUGGAAAUCAACCUUAAAGGAGGUCAUUACGACUUACCAACAGCGAAAGCAAGUGAGACAGAAACGCUGCAGUCACUGUUUCGACUCCGCUUGCUUAAAGUUGAAUUUGGUGGGGUAUAGCCUGCGUAGCAAGCGUUUCCGUGUGGUUUCGGAGCAAAGAAAGACCCAGGAAUGGGAUUUUCGGUUUUUGCAGCACGAAAAAUAGAGAAAGCUCCCAAAUCGCAUGGAAAAGCUUGCUUCGCUUUUUUGCUGCGCAGGCUAGGUGGGCUACGGUGACGUACCCUCCCUAGGACUCCGCAUCCACGACCGCCGCAGUAGAGGUCACGUGGUCACCGUAGCGGUUUUCCUUUAAGUCUCAAAUGUCUCUUGGCUGACCGAGAAGCGUCCGUGACUCUUAGCUGCGGUACACUAAUCAUUUGCGCUACCAAUCGCUCGUCCUCACAAAAAUCCUACAAAAAGGUGCUUUUUCCCUGAAAAAAUUUUCUCAAGCAAGCAGACUCUCCAGGGGUUCUCAUUGGCAAAAUUUAGUCAUUUUAAGUAGAUUAUCACAACUUUUUUGAAAGAAACACAACUGCAAAUGCUAUUGAAGAUUAUUAUACUUACCACCAAAACCGAGAUUCCAACUCAUUCCUCGUCUGGGUGUAGAGGUUGUCAUAGCGUUACACCUUCACCGGCGAAAAAUGUCUGCGCAUGCUCUACUAAAAAUGGCUCGUGAUCUAUUUCGGGCAAUGUCAUUGGCUCUGAAGCAAAAAUGACCGGGAAAUGUUGUUGAGAUGAAAGGAGCGAUGGUAGCUUUUUUUGGCAGUGACAGCGUUGCAAUUUCUUGCCACUGUAAGAGAUCAAAAAUUAUUUUGGUCAAAGUUUUGACGUAAGUGUGUUCUCUAGUGAAUAUAGCGUCCUGAAACUGGCGAAAAAUCGCAUUGGCAUGGUCUGAUUCAGUGUUAUUGACGUUUAGAUCGCUGGUUUGCAUGUAGAAGACAUGCCGAAAAGGUGGGUAAUUUUUGCUCUUUUUGUUUACUGCAUGUUCCGUGCAACUCGGUACAAAAAGAAAUUAUAAAGCAGUGGAACAAAAAUUAUUGGGCUUUGUUUUGGUAUGUAAAUUAGCUUGUACCGAGUUGCACGGAAGGGACAGUUUUGUGAAAUGUGCAUCCCGUUUUUGUGUCAAAAUUCGACUUUGAUAACAUUCGACUGUUGAUCGAAGAACGUAUUACAAUGCUAUCCAAAAUGUUUUUGUUCUUUAGAUCAAGUUUCAAUAGAGGGAGAGACAUUUUUGGGCUUUGUUUUGUUAAUAUGACUUAGCGUGUACUUUGUUGCUGGAAAAACUAUAUUUAGAUGCCUAAUCUCCGCAUGUUUACACUGUUUAUGGCAGAAAAAUACGCUUACGCUUGGUUCACCUUAAUCUCGUGUCACACGGUACAAAAGGAAAUUAUAAAGAAGGUAAAGAAAUCUUCUUAGCGAUUGUCUUGCUGUGUAAUUAUAAAUUGGCUUGUGGCUAGUGGAUCGAAAGCAACCGGGUUGCGGCAGUUUUCUAAAGUGCGUAGUUCGAAACGUGAUUUUGUCGAUCGAUGCAAAUUUCAUUGUUGUUGCACGUUAUUACAGCUUUGUAUGUUACCAUAUAGAAAUUUGAGUUUUAUGCGAACUGUCGAAUGAGAAAAUGUGAAAGUGUUUUCAUUAAAUACUUAGACCGUCUUGGAGCUACAGUUCGAUAGGUCCAGCAACAUUCUGAUUUGUGAAAAAAAUUCCGUUUACAAUGUGCACAGCUGCUGUACAUUUAGGCUUGCAAUUUCAUAAUUGAAGGAUCGAUUGCUCCUAAAUUUGGCUUGGGAUUAUCCACACAACGAUGGAUUUACUUCGUUAGGGACCGUACUUACGGACAUGAUUUCCUCCGUGUAAAAUUUUUUAGUGCUAAAUUUUUGCACACAAGGUUUUCUGUGGGGGGUGCUUCUUUGCUUGAAAAUUGGAUCCUGGAAGGAGAUGAACAGGGUAAUAUUCCUGUGAAUGCUUUUAGCUGCUUUUGUUUUUCUGUCCAUCGUUUUUGGCUUAAUUUUUUGUGGAGCAAAGUUAUGAAUGAAUGAUAGAGUUAACAUGCUAUUAAGUAUUCAAAAGUUCUUUCCCACACACACAAAAAAAAUAAUCCUCACAAAUUAAACUUACAGGAGUUUAAAGUUUGGAGUAAACUUUGAGUCUUAAUGAAAUUUUAGUUGGAUCAUGUUAAUGAAUGGAGUUGUUUAGGAUAUGCAGUUUCCAAUUUUGAUUUUCUGUCAGAAUUAUGAGAGAACACUCAAAUACAGAUCUCAUUCAUUAUAGAUAUAUAUUAACAUAGUUUCAUUGCAAUUAUCGUUUGUUUCUUUUCCUAUAAACUUCUCAUCAGGUCUACAUUUUGCAUGAAUUUAAUGUGAUAUAUAUUUGAAGGGGUUGUUGUUUCACAGUGAAGUAUAAUUUUUUCACUUUGUUUUUUUGAUAUGAAGUUGAGUUUCUUCAUAGUUGUUGGCUAAGACAGUGUUGAAGUAGUGACAUGUUAACAUACUUUAUUGUUCAUUUCUCUUUAGAAAAGGUUGAUUGAUCCUGAAUCAAACAAAGUGAAGCUUCACAAACAAGAUUUUUGACGAACAAAUGUGUACUCAAGCAAAGUAUAUGUCCCUGACAGUGUCAAUAAAAUUUAUUAACGGAAAGAUCUGGGUUUUUACUCCUCUGUAGCACUUUUGACUACGCAUCACUUUUCUAACCUAUAUGGUAAAAAGAUCAUAUAGUAUAAUCUGCAUUUUUUCCAACUAACAUAUUUGCGAUCAAAGUUCUCUUCUUUUAUAUAUAGUAUUCCUCUAAUUUGAAAACUUUCAUUAUCUUAUUCAGAUCAAGCACAGUAACCAUUGAAAAGAAAAAAGAAAAAAAAACCUGCUCGGUCAUAGACGGCUUUAAAGUUUUGAUAUUAAAAUUGCAAUUAAAAGAACAUGAAUGCAGACACUACAGUUCAUUUAGCUCAUGUUCAAGCUUUUUUUUAUAAAUUAGAAUUAAAGUCUUGCUGGAGAAAACAUAAUUUUGCUUUAUCUUUUCGGUAAAAAAAAAUAAUAAAAUAACUUCCAGGUGUCUAAGCAAUUUCAAAGGACCCAUAGUGUCUUAUUUCUCCGCUGCAUAGAGCUGUGAACAAAGGCCGUUCUUUCUAGUGACCCGGCUUUCGUCAAAAAUAUUGGUGACCUUCGUGAUCGUGAAGAGUCCAAAGUUGAAUCCGGUAAACCGGCCAAAACGCGAGCAUCGCAGGGAACGAAUCCCAAAGGAAUAGGUGAAAAAGGAUAAUAAAAAGUCUAGGCUAUUCUAAAAAUAUCCCGUAUAUGCAUUGGCAACUCAUAUGAAGCCGCAAUUAAUCUUCUUUCCACUGGAAUAAACAAACUAUGGAGGUAUUGCUGCCAUUUUGAAUUUGGCAACGUCACGUGGUCUCGCGUCGUCCAAUCAGACAUUUUUCGCCGGUGAAGCGUUCUACCAGAGCCGACGGCCGACACUCAACUGCCGACAGAUCCUCAAUUUUCCCGCCUUUUUUCAACUGUCUCUGCGCCCGAUCCUGUAGCCUUAAAUAGAACAGAAGAAGAUAUUCUUACUUACUUUCCUCCAUGACUGUAAUAUCCAAUAAAUUUACAGGCUUCUGUUUUUUACCUGUCAGUCAGAUUUUGCUUUCCUUUUGUUAGGAGUUGAACCAUUUCCUGUCUUGCUUCAAGUUCCUUUUGUUCAUCAUGCAGUUGUUUUUGAAGGUCGUCAAUUUUAUCUCCUUGCUGUUGGGUUCUUUCUGUCCCAGUAACGUUUGGGCUCAGCUGUUGACGUUGUGUUGGCUUCACUCCUUCCACCUGUUUAGUCUCACUAGAGCUUAGUGCGGAAAAUUCUGAAAGGAAAAUUAGAUGAUAGUUAUGAAACAUUUAUAUAUUGAUUUCUCAAAAUACUGUUAUCUUAUUGUUAUUUUAGUCAUAUAUUGCGGCCAGUUGAGAUGUCUUUUUUUUUCAGCGUUGGGUUUUCGUGCAGUAGAGUAGUUUAACCGUUAGACCAAAAGAACGAGGCUAUAUAAGUUCGGUAAGUACCCGGAUGUAAAAAUCGCUGAUUCGGAAGUACGCUGAAAUGGCUCUUUAGUUAGUAGAAUGGAGAAUGGUUCUUAUGAAUCGUAGAGGGCUAUUAGUUCAGAUCAAUAUACUGUAAAAUGGCUGAUACAUCUUCUUCAGGUAAGGUUUACCAUUAUCAUCAUCGUCAUCAUCAUCAUCAUCAUCAUCAUCAUCAUCAUCAUGUGCGUUGCCUUUAUUUGACUCAGUUCAGUCUGGAGGUACUUCUUGAUUCCUAUCUUUUUAUCUGCUGGUUGUUACUGUACCUAAAGUGCUUACUUACUUCUUUAGUCUCACUAUUGCUCUUGGUUGGUUCGUUACGGGUGAUUUGUCGGAUACCUUACUGGAUCAGAACCUGACUAUGCAUGAAAGCCAAGUAAACGCCAGGGCAAACCAGGCAACCUUAGGUGAGCCCCUGAGAUAAGACCUUACCUGUUUCAUCGUCCAGUAACAGUAUAGAACACAUCUGAUCCAUCUUCGCUGACGUCAUCAGGCUCAGAGUCACUAGCCAUGGUGCGAGUGAUGGUGGGUACCUUCAGUGUAGCCACACCGGCCCUUUAAUGAUUCCUCUAGCAGCUGUAAUACCAGGCGGUACCCUUGAUGAAAGCUCUCGAGUAGUGGUAAUACUUUUUCGUCAUGUGACACGUUAAACUCUUUUCUUAAUUGACUCAAAAUUAAGCUGAAGGACCUGACUCAUAUUAAAGAUACUUUAUUGAAAUUAAAAAGUUAAUAUAGCUACUGCAGGCGGAAAUCCUGUAUUUUGCAUGUUUAUAGCCUGCGAACAUGCUCUUCAUAUAGAUCUUUAUGUUUUAGUUUUAGGCGUUCGUAAAACAAAUCAUUAAAAGUACUGAAUCACCUUUUAAGAUGUUACUAUUCAAUGACUAUUUGGCACCCAUUAAAAGGUCACUUUCCAACCUGUUCUUCGGCUUUAUUAUACAGAAUAGCACUCUUACCUCUUUAUCGCGGUUAAUGCAUGUUCCUAACCUGUCUAUCAAGCCGUUUGUCAAUGGUUUGUCCCUUGAACUAUCCUGCAUCGCAGACAGUAGAGAUUGAUUAAUCGAUGAUCUGCCCUUGAUAGCUUUCCUCGACAGUUUUCUCAUGUACCGAAUCGUUUUUUCAUCUAUAUCUACCCUGCUGUUUGCAGAAGAAGAUAAAGGUAAAUCAGCGUGUUUAUCCGGUAUGCUUAACAAGACUUCGACCAAUCUUUGUAGGGAGGAUUUGUAAUGGUUUACAGCCCGGUCUAUUUGAAAUUAAUGUUAAGAAAUCUAAUUUUAUCAUAUUCAGACCGAGACAAAACAGGCAAACACUUGAUUUAGCUUUUAAUAUUAGUAAUUAUUCGAUUGACCGUGUUAAGGAAGCUACUUUUCUUGGUGUAAUUUUGGAUGAACAUUUAACACGGAAAUCACAUAUACAUAAUGUUGCUAGGAAAGUGUCUAAAGCCAUAGGUAUAAUUUAUAAAUCAAGUUUUUGCCUUAAUAAUUCCUCCUUACGGAUGCUUUAUUUUAGCCUUAUCUACCCAUACUUAUUCUACUGCGUGAGCGUUUGGGCAUCGACCUACCCAUCUAACCUCAGAAGAUUAAUCACACUUCAAAAACGGGUAGUAAGAAUAAUGUCGAGGAGUGCUUUCGAUGCUCACACUGACCCCUUAUUUAAAAAUUUAAAAAUUCUGAAUCUUGAGAGUAUCUACAAACUUCAAAUAGGAAAAUUUAUGUAUCAAUACAGAUCUGGCUUACUUCCUUAUAGCUUCAAUAACAUGUUUCUGGUGACACGCCAGGUGCAUUCUUAUGGCACUAGAAGUUGGGAGCAUUUUUAUUUACCACAAUGCAGGACUAAUAUAAGAAAGUUCUCAUUCAGUUUCCAAGGUCCUAAAUUUUUUAACUCUCUUAGUUUUGAAAUUCGAAAUGCAACAAGUACCGCUUCCUUUUGCUGUAAGCUGAAAGCAUUCCUCUUAUCAUAAAUAGUAAUUUAUAUAUAUAUAUAUAUGUAUUUUUUUUUUCUUCCUUUGCUCUUUUAUUUUGUUUUGUUUUGUUUUGUUUUGUUUUUUUCUUCUUUUUGUCAUUUGGCUUUUUUUAGCCUAGAACUAUGAUUAGUACGACUAUCUAAUAUACUUAUCUUAAGAUUUACUGUAGCUCUGCCAUUGAUUUUCCCGUGUGUAAUUAUGAUAAUAUUUUGUUCUAAUUAUCUAACUGAGGGAGCCCAUUCCUUAUAAGCCCGGUGGCUUCUCUUGGGCUUCCUCGCCAUGAGAGUUAAGGUAACUAGAUUUUAUUUGAUUUGUAUAAUUUUUGGCAAACAAAACAAUAAACAAUUUAACCACCGACCGUUCCACCCAAACCAUUUUCAACUAUGAAUGAUUCUGAGACAUUACCACGUCUUUCCCCACCCCGCCCGUGUCGUCAAAUGAAGAGCAAUAUUCAUCCCCACCAGAGGACCCCUCGGGAAGAGUCGAUCGUGUUUCCCUCAUCUUCAGGGGAGGAAUCUGUUCUUGUUACAGUUGAGUCAAGACAUGCUGUUAGAGAAGCCUCUGGUCAGAAUUUUUAAAUAUUGCCUUUAUUCUCAUCUUUGUUUUCUUUACUUCAUUAUUAUAGUAACUUAAAGAGUUGAAGAAGAAACACAAGUGAGCACAUUUGGAAAAACUAGCCCUUAUCAGUAUUUUUUAAAAUUAUUUGUUAUAUUUGCAUUAAGCUAUAUUUAAAAGAACACAAAGUCUCAGAUCCUGUGAGGUCGCUUUACAUGAGCCUGAAAUCCCUAGUCAACCCGCUCAGAGGAAAGAUAUCCGGAGGACCUUCUGGGAAUAAUGGCCUCAUUGCGAUACAAUGCUUGCGAAUACACCGUAGGCUUAAAUGACUGCUUUUAAGCAUAGUUAUACACAAAGACUGAAUGCAGAUUUAACCGACUGGAGUGACUUGUUACUCUUUCCCUAGUAACUCUUUCUGUUUGUUUUUUUUUUAUAUAUAUAUUUAGACUCAACGAAGCUGCCUUUAGUGAAAGGGAAUAUGAUCUUCCAAAGGCAUCUUUCAGACCAGCUAAAAAGACGUCUUUCAAACCAUUUGUCUUCACGGAAAGGGUAUGAGGCGUCCUCAGAGGACCUAUGUUAAUGCCUCCCUCAUCCUUCAUUUUACCUGCUCGCAGUAGAGAAACUUCAAGGAAGUCUUCUCUGCCUGACGAAGCUGUGGUACGAGCUUCCAACUCAGCCCAUCCUCCGUAUACACGGCACACCUCACCAAACAGUCAAAAUCAAUUGGAGUUUAGUCCUUCCUCAGAAGAAUUGUUGUCAAGUAGAGGUUUGGAGGAAGAUGAAGAUAGAGAGGAUAACAGCAGUGUAGAGUACUGA